AUGGUAGACCCACGUUACGAUGUCCCUGUGGUAGGACUGGGCACCGCCAGCUUUUAUGUGAUCCAUUCCCUUGCGCUAACCUGUAUCCUAACCAGCCUUUUUUCGGCUAUAUCAAUAAUUGUUGCAUCCUUUUGCACACGAUCUGCUAGAACCUUCUUCAAAUCGUGGUCGAAAUGCGAACGUUUUGUCGUUUAUUUGGCUUUUUGCGAUGGUUUUUUUAACCUCGCUCACUUCAUGGAUCAUUUCCAUAUGGCAAUUGUCAAAGACCACGUCCAUCCAAUAGAACUGUGCGAAUUCUAUGGUUUUAUUGUAUUCAUGUUCAUUUCCUCGCAAAUGUUCCUGGUAUCCCUAAUUGCAAUUAACGCCUUUGCUCUGAUGAAAUUUGGUAAAAAUAUAAACUUUGGAAAGUAUGAUUGGAAACUUCUUUUGUUAACAUAUGGAUUUCCAUUUGUUGAGUGUCUUGCUGUUACCAUUGCCGGUGAGAUGGGGCCAACUGGAGCGUAUUGUGGGGUAGCGGGAGACGUCUCUUCUCUUUUCUUCUCUGCAAUACCAGUGUUGAUUGUAAUAACUCUAAACAUCAUUCUGUAUACAAUUACAUGGUUCAAGAUUCGAUCGGAGACAAAACGAUUGGCCGGUACAAUCGGAGAGAAGGCUAAUUCUGACAGAAAAAGCGCUCAGGCUGCCAAAAAUAUGUCUUUGUUUGUACUGGUAUUCAUUAUUCAGUGGUGGGCUUUGGUGGUCUACGGAGCCUGGCAAAUGGCGGUUGAAAACGUUCCUCUUGAAAUGUUCCUUUUAGUGACGACGUUUUCUAAUAUAGGCGGGGUUUUGAAUGGAAUUGUCUUUUUGCUCAUGCGUAGAAACAAAAAGCGUCAGACACUCCCGAAAGUGACGACUGUCAUUUCUGUUAAUAUGAAGUCACAGACGACCGAGACCAGAGUAUCGGACUAG